AUGCAUCGAGCACAUCAAAAUCCUCAGCAAGCAUUCGAAGAUGCCGUCAAAUUCCCCUUUUUUGAUAUUGAUCUCCUACAUCGUUUUGAUAAGUUAUUCGGUCCCGAUAUAAACUAUCAAGACAAGAAAAUACCAGCCCGUCUGUUUCUUGAAGAACCAUCCGAUACACUAGAGGAACGAGACGCAUUAGUGAUUGCCUUGCUGGAACGAGGCGCUUCUCCUAAUCGACCCAGGGGGUUUCCUUUGAUCAAGUCAGCUCAAUUGGGUAGACUAGACCAAGUCAAGCGGUUGGUUGCUUAUGGAGCAGAUCCUACUGCACGUAAUAAUAUGGCAUUGCGUGUGUGUGCUGCUCGUAACAAUAGAGCCAUGGUGGACUAUUUCUUGGACGAACUGCAUGUUAAACCUGACAGCGAGACACUGAAGACCUGUGUGCAGAAGAACUUGUGGGAAAUGUUUCGUGUGCUUGUGGAUCAUGGUGCUGUACCUGAUAUGUCUACCAUUGAUUUUACUUAA